CAAGACACCAAGUCAAAACCAGAACAAGCGGUCAGCAUUCCCAUCGGAAUCUCCACCUCCACGGCACACCCACCAUAUAUGUGUGCCAUUGCCACACCACCAUUCCAACACGCACGCACGGGUUCACGGCACAAUGCAAGCAAGCUAGCUACUCAGAAGCUCGAGCACGCGCGCGCCAUGGUGAUGCCCUCCGCUGCAAGCUGGGAGAUGGCGCCGGAGUCUCUCCCACUCAGCAUUAUCCCGACGGUGGACAUGUCGGCGCCGUCCGGGAGCGGCGAGCUGGCUCACCGGCUGGUUCGGGCGUGCGCGGAGCGCGGUUUCUUCAAGGCCGUCAACCACGGGGUGCCGCCGCGCGUGGCCGCCAGGCUGGACGCCGCCGCGUCGGCGUUCUUCGCGCGGCAGGCACAGGAGAAGCAGGCGGCGGGGCCGCCGGACCCGCUGGGGUACGGCAGCCGGAACAUCGGGGCACACGGAGACGUCGGUGAGCUGGAGUACCUGAUCCUGCACACGGACCCCGCCGCGGUGGCGCGCAAGGCAGAGGCCAUCGACACGGAGGAUCCUUCAAGGUUCAGCCAAGCGGUGAACGAGUACGUGGACGCAGUGAGGCGCCUCGCGUGCCAGGUCCUGGACCUGCUCGGCGAGGGCCUCGGCCUCAGGGACCCCGCGUCCCUCAGCCGGCUCAUCUCGGCCGUCGACAGCGACUCCCUCCUCAGGAUCAAUCACUACCCUCCUCCAUCUCGCGCCACCCGGGAUCCUCCUGGUGAUCGGAGCUGCACGGUGGAUGGUCCCAAGUCCGGCAACGGUGGCGCCGCCGCCGCAAGGGGCAUCGGGUUCGGCGAGCACACCGACCCGCAGAUCCUCAGCGUGCUCCGGGCCAACGACGUCGACGGCCUGCAGGUGCUCCUGCCGGACGGCCGAGGCGGCGAGGACGCAUGGGUCCAGGUGCCGGCUGACCCGUCCGCGUUCUUCAUCAACGCUGGUGAUCUCCUUCAGGCUUUGACGAACGGGAGGCUGGUGAGCAUCCGGCACAGGGUGAUGGCCAGCACCAGCAGGCCGCGCCUGUCCACCAUCUACUUCGCCGCGCCGCCGCUGCACGCGCGGAUCUCGGCGCUCCCGGAGACGGUGAUCCCCGGCGCGCCGCGGCGGUACAGGCCCUUCACCUGGGCGGAGUACAAGAAGGCCAUGUACGCGCUCCGCCUCAGCCACAACCGCCUCGACUUGUUCCACGCCGACGGCGGUGUCGGUGGGGACGGCAGUGAACAAUAGCAGCGGAAGAUCGUGAAAGCUUAGUGGUUGUUACAGGGAUCUGGUGUAGAGUUGUAGGCAGAAUUUUGGCUCCUUCUCGCGCAGUGAGAUUGUGAGUGUUCGAGUGUUGUUGC